ACGCCCGUCGCCUAUCACCCGACAACGCCGCGCCAGGCCUCGCGUCGUAUUCGCGCCAGACGCCAGACGCCAAACGGACUUAUACCGUGUCGAAAGUGCAUUCGAGUAGCUCGUUUUUUCGUUCUGUCGUUGGUACAGAAAAAACAUAGAAUUGUUUACGUCCAUUCAUAUUUGUUCAAGGAUUUACCAUUUGAUACGACUACCUACAUGGAUUUUGUUACAUGAUUCUGUAAACUUUAUUGAGAAACGUUAUCUAAUGAAUAAUGUGAAAUUGGUGAAAGUUCUUCCAAUAAUUAUUGAGAUGUGGUCCUUUGUGAAUACUUAGACCGCAUUAAUGAAGUUAAGCAUUAAGCAGGUGAUGCGAGGAGACAUCCGCGCAUGCCUACUGGUUAUUGCGGUGGCGCUGUGCAGCGCGGCGGCGGGUGCGGGGUCGGGGCCAUGCGAGCGCGGGCGCAGCUGGUGGCACCGGCGGCGCGGCGCCUGCUUGCCCUGCACACGCUGCGACCCCGCCCGCCUCGCCGUCAAGUACCCCUGCGAGGUGCACCGCGACACCGUCUGCCAGCCGCUCUACGAGGUUCGCAUCUUCCCCUUCAACGUCCGCCCGCGCAGGAAGAACGACAGCCGCCACAGUGAACAGUCCAGUGAUUACGAAUACUACGAGUAUUCAGACUAUAGCGACGAAGUGACGGAUAAAAGUGACGAUGUGAUAGAAUGGGAUGUGCAGACGUCUACGUUGACGCUCGCAGUGAGUGGCUGUGUGGUGUUUUUUGCGGUGGUGUUAAUACUGUCGCUUUACCACGCCAGGCAGUGGAAGGUUCUCAAGCAAGCGCUCAAGUCUGAUGUGCAAGACUUGUCAGCAAAGCUGAAGCUAAUGGAAGCGGGUGAAAGCCCGGCAGAGCCGGCGUUGCCCGCUGACCACAUCUACUGCAAUAUUAACGUCGCCAAAGACGCACUUUUAGGUACAGAUAUGACGAAGAAAGGACUCGUUGGCAACGUGUAUACGCAAGAGAAGCCCGCGUCUUAGCCGACGGCCCACCGACACUACAGUACAAAUAGAUAGAAAACCUCGCAACUCAAACGAUUCAAUUAUAAAAAGAGAAAACUAUUUUCUUAUCAGAAAUAUACAAAUCAUACGAAACGUC